AUGAAUGAUAAAGAGCCCACAGAGCCCGGGAGCGCACCUGAGUCUUGGGGCACUCGGCCCCUGCUCAGCCGGCCUCCGGGCGUCAGCCUCCAGGAGGAGGCAGGCGUUCCCCGCGUCUCCUUUCCGAUCCUUCAACUCUGUUCAAAUCGUCUCACAGGGAAACGGGGCCAGCUGGGAGUCUAUUCAGAGGGCUGGUCCCACGCGCUGAGACAUAGGAAACAGCCCACGGAGGGCACCUCUGAGCCAAUCCGCCAAUCACAGCACAGAAUCCACCGCCCAGAGAAGGCCACUCACCUGCUCCGCAGCGCCCAGCAGAGACAGGUCCCUGAGCUGCCAAAAGGCGGUGGUGGUUGUCUGUUGUCUCAGGGAUUCCGUGAAGCAACGCAGGCAAACUGCGGCCAUGUUACUGCCUCUAUUACUGUCAUCAUCAUCAUCAUCGUCAUCAUCAUCAUCAAGGAUAGAAUCUUCCAUGGAAGUGCCUUGUGUGUGUCCCCUCCUCUUACUGUGCUCUUGGGUGUGGCCUACCCAGGUGUCAGUCAACCUGCUGACAGUGGACAUCAUGAAGACAGACUCAGCCCCCUGAAACCUGACCCCUUGCCUCAUUUGAAGAGCUUCUCCUCAAUAAAAGGGGUCAGCGUGCUCUCACUCUCUCUCUGCAGAUCUUUAAGGUCUGAGGAGGCGUCACAGUGACCCCAAACAAAAAGGUA